AAGCCAGCCAGCAUUUGCCAUGCUAGAUGCUCGCCGCGAACUGCGCCAUCGCAUCUUACGGCCACAACAUACUAAAAUCAUCAAUUCGACAUCAAAAUCGUGAUCGCAUACUCCACAGCUACAUCCCAAUGCCAUAAAAUUACCGAUUCUGCCAUUGCGCUGGGCUACGAAUCGUAGAGCGACGCUGUCGGCCACAGCCGGCGUCGCGUUCAUCCCAAACCUCGCCCCCGAUUCGAUUAUACCAUGAACCCCGCCGAGCUCAGCCGGCCUGCAAUCGGCCUCACCACCCCGGUGCUCUCUCAUAAAUCCAUUACUGUUGGAGCUUCGUCAUUACAGAAGACGCCAAAAGUUAGCAAUGCGGUCCCCGCCCGGAUAGACCUCGAGCCCGUUUAUGCAGCCCUCAAGGCUGCCAUCGGGAGCGAGCUAUGGCCGGUGUACAAGGAGACGACAUCACAGUUCCUUGUUGGCCGACUUACACAAGCUGAAUUCUCCGAGCGCGUUGAUCCCAUUCUUCUCUCUGCCAAUGGCGAAAAAGAGCACCUUCACAAUCAGCUCAUCGCCGCCAUAUAUGGAAAUGUCACGCGCGAGAUGCCGGACCAGGGGCUUGCCCCAUGGGUCAGCGCCAAUGACAAGCCCUCGGCGACAGCCAGCAGCAAGCCUGUAACCGGAGAUGCUACAGAGCGGAGGGUAAAGGGCGAGGUCAUGCAGCUGCCAGCCAGAGAUCGGCGGCGCAUCAAAGAUCUUGCUACAAACGAGAUUGUGGACCCGCACGAAGCUCUCGCUGGUGUAUUCUCCGAACAUCACAGGGCAAAAGCCCCAAGAAUACAAGACGUGCCACAAAGUGCUGCUGGUGGCUUGAAUCGCAUGAAUUGGGACCUCGAGAUUCGAAAACGAUAUGCACAACCACUCGCAGUCGAAUCCGGGGAGUUCCCAGACACAAGUAAUGUCGAGGCACGCAUGCUACCCUUCUGCUAUGAGUCUGGCUUGGUAUCUGGGCAUGCUCCCGAGGCAGCGGGAUUUGUCUCUGUGGCUGCCGAGGUUUUUAUAAAAGAAGUAUUAUCCGCGAUCCUCUGCCGCACUAGAAGCAAUGGGCCCGGUGAGUUGGGCGGUGGUUCUAGCAACAUAACGGAAGGAACAACAUGGAUACAGACGCAUAAGUACCGCAAGCAGCUGGCUAGGGAGGAGGAAUCGGCCAGGCGUGGAGAACUUUCAAGAGAUAAGAGCGGGUUGUUACCCAUCGAGGCGCGAUCCGCCAGUGAACAGGGGCCAGUUGGGAUGGCUGAUUUGCAACUAGCUCUGGACAUGGGCGAGUGUGGUUUGGCGAACUUCCCAUUGAUCAGUCAAACUAUGAACUACAGCUACCGCGAAGGAGAGCUGGAGGCCUGGGAGGACUACACAUGGAUAGGAGGGGAGCCACCAAAGGACAGGGAUGGCGACACGCGCAUGGUGGACGCCUCUGUCAAGGCUAAGAGUCUAAAGACGAGCAUUGGACUACCUAAUGGAGUGCCUCACGAAGAUGCGAUGGAUGUCGACAACUCGGACGACGAUAUAUGGUGGGAAGGUGCCGAUUUCGACGACAGCGGCACGUUUGACAAUGUUCUCGAUGCCUGUUUGACUGCAUAAGUCAUUCUGUCUGCUGGAAGGCCAGUUUGAAGCCGACAAGUGGUUUCAUUUUCGAUUGCAAAAGAUGGAGAAACAACAACGAAGCGCAAUUCAAUCUCUCACGCACCAGCGCUACCUUGACGGUCAUCUUCAACAACCUCUUUUAUGGAGUUCAUCACACGCUCAAACCAUGGAUUAGGCGAUUUUUUUUUAACAUCAUCUUGCAUUGCUACAUGGCGUUUGGAGCAAGAGAGGGAGACUGAGCUUGGGUGGCUCAUCUUGGCUUGUUUUGUUUUUACGCCGUUCUGCUCCUAUAUGGGAUGGGGGCUCUGGCCAAGACCAGAUUACCAUCUAUUCUAUUUUUUGGUUGGGUUUUCGUCUUUUCUUUUUUUUUCUUCUUGCAUUUUUAUUCUUGUACAAAGCGAAGACAUUCGAUUUCAACGCCCCAGUGAAAUGUCUGGGUGUCUUGGAUGGGGAAAGCCGGUUGUGGUUGAGCGGCCAGACGGCUGCUGGUCUUGGCACGAUGCGACAACAAGCUUUGAGUCCGCUUGUGUAUUCAACGCCCUGCUGCUAAAGCAGUCUGUCUUGUUGUACUUAUAAAAUAACGAUACCCGGGGAUGAGGACUCAUCAGUACGUACGCACCAAAUGAUAUAAAUUGUUAUUGUCAA